CGCCACUUUCAGCUGCUGCCAACAAACGAUCCAAGAACGUCCAACUAACCUAUUCAACAUGCGUCUUCUGCUCAUCCUCUCCGUUGUCCUGGCCGUGAUCCUCGGCUGCCACGCCUACAGCGCCACCUGGGGGCGCAGGGUCAACAACGACUUCCUCCUCUCCCGCACCAGGGAAGUCCGCAAUCCGAUCAAGAACAACUACUGGAACUUAAACGUGAACUACCCCAAUGGAUUCUACAACAUCUCCGCCGUGAUCGUCUAUGACAACUUCAAGAACAGCUCCGGAGCAUCUCCCAGUCUUUAUUCCGGCGGUCCGGGCUACCGUUUUGCAACCGUGAAUCUUCGUGGUCAGGUGAACCGCGGAAUCGAUUCCACCGUCGAGAUCUGGGGUCGUUAAGUGAUCUUGGGAGCAUGUUGUAAAGGAAUUGAAGUCGAAUUGAAAUGUCAAAAAAUUGGGGAAAAAAACUAUGGAAUCAAACAAUAAAGAAAGAAAGUGUAAAUUCA